AUGGUCUGGCCCGCCAUCGCCUCUUGCUGGCUCUCUUCCUCCGUGUUCGCUCAACACGAUGCACUCGAUCUAUGUCCUGCAGGAACCGUGCAACUUGCCCUCUCGGGUGUGUUAUCGUCGCCUCACCUCGUCCAGUGCGCCAACAGCAUCGGCAUGUCCCCGGAAGCCGUCGUGCGGAACGAUCGACUCACGAGUGCCCAAGUCGUGGCGUUUCGUGACGCAAGCUCGUGCGCGUCCUACCACCACGACAUGAUGGACAAGCUGCUGCGGAUUUACCCCGUCUGCGUCGACCCGGUGUCGAGGAUGUCUACGGCUACCCUCGGUUCCAUGACCUUUGCCCAGCGCGUGAAGAGCCUCACGUCGUAA